GCCUCUCAGAAGAUCAGUUCUCGAUCACAAGCGAGCCGAAGCACCGACAACCCUCAACUGUAAUCAACCGCGCGCGAGUCUGUUCUCUCGUCUCGUCUCUCCAUCAACCGAUACGUUUUUGACUUCUUCCUUCUCACUUCCUUCUCGAGUAUGAAAUCGCAUCUUCUCUUGUCCGCAUCAUGCGUUUUCCUAGUGCUGGCUCCCACCCUCCUGCCUACAGCUACCGCUACGCCCCCCUCCUACUUCGAAGACGGUGAUCUUCCAUCCGAUGACGAUUAUGUUGAAGAUGACGAAUUGGAUAGACUUCUGCAAAAUGCACAAAAACGCUCCUCAAUGGUUUACCUGUACAGGAGAUCGUGCGUGAAGCGGGGCGGCGCCUGCGACCACCGACCAGAGGAGUGCUGCUACAACAGCACUUGCCGCUGCAACCUGUGGGGCGCCAACUGCCGAUGCCAGCGCAAGGGCCUCUUCCAGAAGUGGGGACGAAAAUAGACUGCACAUCCCCAUCACAUCAUACGUGUAUAAAGCAUUCCCAAACUGACUUCUUCAGUUAACUGUUUCCAUUGUGUUCUAGCUCUGAUUUCAGCCAAGAGCCGGAUCUAAUGGUCAGUCCGGCUUUGUGGUAGUGUAACAAUAAUUUUAUCUCAAUCUGUGGAAACUGUAAUCGAUCCCCUGAAAAUAAAAUAAUAAUAUUGUUGAUCGGUUGUGUUCUAGCUCUGAUUUCAGCCCAGGCCCGUAUUUAAUGGCUCUGAGGUAGCACAAUUGUAACAAUAAUUUUAUCGACAUCUGUAAAAAAUGUAAUUGAUCCCCUGAAAAUAAAAUAAUAAUAAUGUCGGUCGGUUGUGUUGUAACUCUGGUUUCAGACUGGAGCCGGAUGCUAUGGCCAAACCAUAUCUGUGGUAGUGCAGUCGUAACAAUAAUUCUAUCUAAAUUUGUGAAAUCUAUAAUUAUUGAUCCCCUGAAAAUAAAAAAAUACUAAUAUUGUUAGUUGUUGAUCCGAUAUGCUUCUAGCUCUAAUUUCAGCCCAGAGUCGGAUCAAACGUUGUCAGUCCGGCUAUACGUUAAUGCAGUUGUAACAAUAAUUUUACAAAUACCUAUAAGAAAUAAUUAUAUUGCCUCCCUUAAUAAACUAAAACACAGUAACUCAUCUUGCAAUGUAACGUUUUAUUCAUUGAAAGGAAAUUAUAUGGAUCAAUAAUAAUUUCAACAAGGGAGGAGAACAAGAAGCUUUGAAAUUUUCAAUAACCAGUAAACGUGGAUAAAAUAAUAAUGUAGUAGGUUACAGUACGAUUGAAUCUAGUGUUUUCAGAAAUUCAAAUUUUAUUGAUUGUGAUUAUAAUGCAAAAAAUUGUUGGCCGGAAGAAAUGGUCAAUUCAGCUCUAUUGUGGUGCAAUUAUAAAAAAACUAUUAAAACUUAAUACAUAACAUAAUAAUGAUUACGUACCUAAAUUGAAUAAAAACCACUCCUUUGAGCUUCCAAUUUUUUUUAUUUUUAACCUUCAGAAUAAUUGUGCAAAUCAAUAAUGAAUGUGAAUGGUUCACCUCAAAUUCUUACAUUUUGAAUAUGAAAACUAGCAUGAAUGACAAGAAGUUGUCUGGGAAUAUCAAUUUUUGACAGUUGAUAAAUCUCAUUAGUUCUAUAGCUAACAAUUUGCAGCGCUAUUGUUGAAAACUGAAAAAAAGAAGUGUUAUAGUGUUUCACGAGAAGACGGAUUUACUGAAAUUUGAUAGAAAUCCACAUUCAAUUAUUGUAAAAGUACUAUAUGAUUUUUUUUAUUUACUGUACUGAAUGAAAAGCCUGAAAUAUUCUACAGGACUAAGAAAGAUAAUAGAUUAUUAUUUUCACAACUCGUGCAACUAAGCAAUUCGAAAAUAAUAUUGCAGUGACAAAACAAUUUUUUUAUCCAUAUGAAUAGAAUUGUUCAUUGAUAUGAAUAUUUAAAUGACACUUCAACUGACAAUAAAACUAAAAAAUAUAUAUGAUUCUUCCAUCAAUUAUUAAAAUAAAUAUUAUGAACAUAAACUUGAGCUGAGAAGUAAAUACAUCAUUUCCAGAUUCAUCCUAAUAUAUAAAAUGUACUCACAAGUUAUUGGGGAGUCUAAAAGUAGGUGCAUUAUUUAUAGGGAUAACCAAACAAAAAUUAAUAAGCCAUUAUUAGUGAUUUUUAUACAGAAAAAUCGAUAUUUAUCCACUAAGUUUUCUCUAAGAGUUGAAAUAUGGGACUCAGCAACUUGAAUUGUUGGAAAAUUUUUCUACCAAAGCAAGUUUAUGUCUCGAAAUAUUAUCAAAGGUGAAACGGGUUUUUCCAAUAAUGAAAAUAAUAUUAUCAAAAAUAAGAUUCUCUGGAACUAAACAUAUUCUAGACAUAGAAUGUAAACUUUAAGACUCUAAAUCGUGUUAAAUAUUCAAAUUAACUUUUUAUUUAUGAAAAACAUGUCUGCACAUCUAAAUAAAAUAAAGAAAGUGAAUUUUAGGUUCAAUGCAUUAAAUGAUACAAUGAUGCAUAGGUAAUAAUAAUCAGAAAUCACUAAAAAUAGAUAUCCAACAAAUAAUGCAUAUUGUAUUUCAGUAGUUUUGAGCUCUAACCCAUUGGAUGCAACUGAUUGUUUAGUGUAUGCUUUGCAAUAAUAUCAUCUUGAACCAGGGGAAAUAUUUGGAUUAAUGUCUGUCGAAUUUAUUUGUAUUGUGAAUUCUAUGGUGAGCAUUUUAAGACAUGUAUUUUGAAAUAGAAAUGAUGUAUUUUAUUAAAACGGAACUAUAUUAUAGUAAAAUCCACUUCGAGUUAUAUUUAUACAAAUGGAUUUCAUGAAUGUUGUAUUGGCCUAAAAAAGAAGAAUAAAAGGAUGCAUCUGA